AGUAAUUUUAAGAGAAAACUAUCUUUUUUCCCUCUUUUCGUAACUCUGAACUGUGUCAUUUCAAUCUCAAGCAAAAUGUCUACAAAUGAAUCCUCGCCCUCUAUGAAUGAGAAUAAUUCAACUCGAGCACAAUGUAUUAUGCAUAAAGAAACAAAUGAAAUAAAUGAUUUUCAGGGCCGAUUCCCCAUUCUUUACGUUCUGAAAUAAAAGAUUUUUCUGAUAUUAGACGUUGUGGGUGUUUGCGCUAUGGAUAGAAAGGCUAGGUCAAAACCUAUGCGGCACAUCCUUAAUAGGUUAUUAGCUUAUGGUGAUUUUGAAAUCGUCAUUUUUGGGGACAAAACCAUUAUUGAUGAAGAUAUUGAAAAUUGGCCAGGCUGUGAUUUUUUGAUCUGCUUCUAUUCUAGUGGAUUUCCAAUGAAAAAGGCUGUCGCUUACACAAAGCUACGAAAACCAUUUGUUGUCAAUAAUGUGUUUAUGCAAACAUUAUUAUGGGAUAGAAGAGUAGUUCUAUCCAUUUUGGACGCUAUUGGUGUACCCACCCCCCCUCGUUUGGUUGUGUCAAGAGAUGGUGGCGCCAGAGUAGAUCCAGAUGCCGCUAAGGCAUUCAAAGAGUGCACGGGCAUGGAUAUUGAUCGCGUGUUGGCAAGAUAUGCAACCAAUACUCAGUCAGUGAAGAUUCACGAUACUUACAUUGAGGCACAGGGGAAAACCCUGGAGAAGACAUUUAUUGAGAAGCCUACCAACGGUGAGGAUCACAAUAUCAAUAUCUACUAUUCAGAAAGAAGAGGAGGAGGAGGACGAAGGCUUUUUAGAAAGAUAGGCAACAAAUCCAGUGAGUUUGAUGCUGAUUUAUUGAGACCAAAAGAAGAAGGAUCGUGGGUAUAUGAAAAAAUGAUGGAAACAGAGAAUUUGGAGGACAUAAAGGUAUACACUGUAGGACCGCAAUUUGUUCAUGCCGAAACUAGAAAAUCCCCUACUGUAGACGGACAUGUAAGACGUAAUAUGGACGGUAAAGAAAUCAGAUAUUGCGCAAAGCUUACACAGGAAGAAGAGGAUAUAGCACGAAAAGUAUCAAAAGCAUUUGGCCAAACGGUUUGCGGCUUGGAUAUAUUACGAGUACAAGGAAAACCCUACGUAAUAGAUGUCAAUGGCUGGAGUUUUGUGAAAGGAAACGAUUUCUACUAUGAUCAAUGCGCGAGAAUUUUGAAAGAAGCAUUUUACAGGUCUAUGCAAGAAAGGCCACUAUCACUUGCUGAUCAGAUUCCUCCCGAGAUAUCACCUGCCAAUUCUUGGAGGUUAAAGGGAUUUGUGGCAGUGUUCCGCCAUGGUGACCGUACGCCCAAAGAGAAAUUGAAAGUUUCCAUUAUGGAGCAACCAUUUAUCGAUUUACUUGAAGGAUCGAGACGUGAAGUAGUAUUUAGACAAAAGCAUCAGUUGCAAUCGGUACUAAAGGCUAUUGAUGAAUGCCUUUUUGCCUUCUCUAUCACUGUUAAGGAUGAACUUAAGUUGAAAUCGCUCAAAGAGAUAUUAGAGAAAAAGCACGAAUUACCUGGUACUAAAGUGCAGUUGAAGCCUAAAUUUGAUAAAGAAAGUCAAAAGCUCGUCAAAUUGCAGAUAAUUGUUAAAUGGGGAGGAGAGUUUACGCAUGCAGGUCGACAUCAAUCACGAGAUUUAGCUGAAAAUCUAAGAAAAGAUAUGAAUAUUUUGAAUCGAGAAAUUUUAGCUGACGUUAAGAUUUACAGCAGUUCUGAAAGACGUGUUAGGGAUACAGCUCAAGUAUUUGCUCGAUGGUUCCUUGGUGAUUCUGAAUCAUUAGAUGGAAUUAUCUCUGAAAGCAAAUAUUUAUUGGAUGACAGUAAUGCUGCGAAAGAUCAGGCAGAUGCAGUUAAACGACAAUUGAAAGGAUUGUUACGGCCUGGAAAUGAUAUCCCUGAAUGGAUGCUGGCGCAACUAGGUUGGUCACCGAAACUUCCGCAACCUCACGUUGUCCUUGAGGAAAUAGCUACCAUUAUGGGAAGGAUGCAACGAAUUAUGAACGAGAAUUGGGCUACUAAAGACGUUGACAAUAUACAAAGACGCUGGUGUUGUUUAGAUUCACCUCUUUUAUUCAAAGAAAGAUGGGAAAGAAUGUUUCAAAACUUUGCUUCUACUGUAACAGGUGAUGAAAGUGAUGAGGCUGAAAUGAGACGACUAACGCAUCCUGAUAAUUAUCCUGACCCAUCUUGGAUUCCAGCGUUGUACGAUUCACUGAAAUAUGAUGCACUUCACAACAGGCCAUUUCUACAAACUAUUUUUAGUGAUGAAACGGCAACCAACUAUAAUAGUGAUGACUUUGACAGCAUUAGCAGUUGUAACACGAGUAAUAUGCGAACUUCUUUUGAUUCAAAUUCAUCGCCUUUGUUAAGUAGAUGUGGAUCCGAGAUUCGACGAUUGUACAGAGCAGUUAAAAUCAUGUUUGACUUCAUCGCACCCUUGGAAUUUGGUAUAUCAGAUACGGAGAAGAAGAACAUAGGCAUGCUCAUAGGUUUUCCUUUGCUGAAGAAAAUUUUAAAUGAUCUGGAUGAGAUGAAAUCAGCUGAUAACGGACGAACACGCUUAUAUUUCACGAAGGAAUCUCAUGUCCACGCACUUCUGAAUUUGAUUUACUUAUCGGGAGUACCUACUAAGGUCCCUCGUAACACUCUACCCGAACUAGACUUUUUGACACAGAUCACAUUUGAAUUGUAUGAACGAAACAGACAGAGUGUGCCUGAAAAGGAAUACUCUCUUCGUAUUGGAUUCAGUUCUGGUGCGCAUUAUGAUAGUGUACUGGAUUUGAAAAUGGAUGCUGAGCACUGCCUGAAAGUUGCGCCAAGAAGAAAUUUGAUCCCACACUUAUUACUUGAAGAAGUAUUGACAUAUCACAAGGGUUACUUAAAUGUGCCCAAUCUCAAAAGUAUUGAGGAACAGAUCGAAGAACGAAAGCUGUAUUAUGCCCAGGAAGACAACAAUGAUCAAUAGCAUCCUUAACUACUAGCUAAAAGAUUCGGAUGAGUAGUACAACAAUAACAUUUAUUUUAUGACGAAAUAAAAGAAAAAUUUAUUGCACCUUCAUUUCUGCUUACGUUUCAUCACCUGCUACACAGAUAAGACAAUAAGCCAAGAUAAUAUUGAUACAAAUUCUUUAACGGUUGGACUUGGCAACACGUUCAAGUUCGUCCUUCUUCUUGAUGGCAUAAGAGUUAGCAGAACCCUUAGCAGCGUUAAUCAAUUCAUCAGCGAGACAU